AGGCAUUCCCAACUUAUUGUCAUAGUAUCUGAAACCCUAUGCUUAGUCUGGAAUACUCAUGAAUUCUGAGCUCUGACUUUUAAGUUUGAUUUGUUGCUUGUUUGGUUUGUCGUGAUUCGUCCCAUGUGCGGCAGGAAAAGAGAGCUGAAUUGAGACCAUUCUGAAUUGAGAAUUGAAGUGAAUUGAAACCAUUCUGUUUCGCAGAGAACAGUGGAGAGUUCGAAAUGCUUAGAGCAUUGGACAGAAAAUGGUGAUUCUCGAAGGAGGUGCUUCUCUUGUGGCUUUCAAUCAACGCCGCCGGGAUGAAGAUUCGACUCUCCGCAACUGCAAUUCGAAGGGUUGAUUAUUAGGGUUGUUGGUUACCUUCCUUACUCACUUAGGGUUGUAGCUCUUCAUCGAAAUCAUGUCGAUUCCGCAAGCAAUCAUGACUCAGGUUUAUGAUUUCGCCUCUAACUCCUCUCCUUUUCUGACGUCUACGAAACUUUCACAAGGCGUUCAUAAAUCAGGGUCGUGCUGCGGAUACUCCCGACCUGGUAGAGCCGUGGCGGCCCACGAGGGAUUCAAUCUUAUGGGAGGUGCAUGGCUCCGGCCCUCCAGAACUAUGAAAGUGAAAUCCGAGGAGAAUGUGCGGCUUGAACCACGGGUGAUCCCCGACCCUCCAUGUAUCGUAUGCAAAGGCUCGGGCAAGGUCAAGUGCAACCGAUGCACUGGACGAGGGCGCCUCAACUUCCAGAAGCUCGCCAUGUUGCCCAAGGGAGAGUGGCCGCAGUGGUGCUGGGACUGCAGAGGGUGUGGAAUGAGCUACUGCCGACGGUGUCUCGGCACCGGAGAGAAACGAGGCGUUAUUGGAUUUCACUUCCCAGAUGACGACGAAUCCUCAAAAGGCAUCUCAGACGGUACCCAAAACUGACGCGCUGAGUAGUCACUUAUCAGUUAUUUGCUCACGAGGAUUUUACCGCAGGAGAAACGACUGGCCUCACCCAAAUCUCGGCCAUGGUGGACUUCCAGGAACUACUGUAUCUCAACGAAUUCAGGUCAUGUAACUUGAGGUCAUGUAACUUGAGGUCAUGUAACUUGAGGUCAUGUUUGUUGCAUUCUCGAAUUCUAUGCUCAUCAGUGUCCCUAGAGUUUCCCUUAGUAUUGCCCAAGCUAGGGUUUCAAGAUCAGCUUGGCUUUCGUAGCAGAUGGCUUCUCACAGACGGAAGCUAUUUCAAGCACGACGUAGCAGCUGUGUGAUAUCAAAGUCUAGCUCUUGUAGCCAUUGUGUAGGACCCAUUUGCCAUCGAUCACGAGGGAUUCAACUCCUGAGCUUGUGUCAUUUCGUUCUGCACUGAUACGCUUUUACAACAGAGAAGACUUGCUUCCUCUUUUGUGAUCUCUCCGGGGUUUUGGUGUGCAGUUUUCUCGUUCCUUGGUGUGGAGAUCUCAUUGCUUCAAUCCCUUCCGUCUUGCAGUCUCGACUCAUAGCAAGCCCCAGUUUUCCGAAGCCUCACCUAAUGUAGGCAUUGUGUUAUAUUUUUGUGUAUUAGCAAUAAGAUUGGAAAUUUAGAAGCUAGAUUUAUAGUUGGUUGGAACAUAAGCUGUAAACAUUGGUCAAAAUUUUGAUAGACUUUGAAGAAGCAAUGAAGACUAUCUUGUGUAAAAGGGUAGGAAAAGCCCUACAUAUUAUAGAUUUAAAUCUACAAUGAUUGAUUAGAUA